GAUCUGUCUAAUAACCGCUAAGAACACUGUCCUCACGUUUCCUUUUCACGUUUCGGUUACUCGAACCUGUGUGGUGCUGUGGUGAAUAAAUUACAAAUCGCAGCCAUGGUGCGUAUGAACGUUCUCAGUGACGCCCUCAAAUCCAUCAACAAUGCUGAAAAGCGUGGUAAACGGCAGGUAUUGUUGAGACCAUGCUCUAAAGUAAUUGUCAAGUUUUUGACAGUUAUGAUGAAACAUGGAUAUAUUGGAGAAUUUGAAAUUGUGGACGACCAUCGUAGUGGAAAAGUAGUAGUAAACCUUACUGGAAGGUUAAACAAAUGCGGUGUCAUCUCACCUAGAUUUGAUGUACCUAUUAACGAUAUCGAGAAGUGGACCAACAAUCUUUUGCCUUCUCGACAGUUUGGAUAUGUUGUAUUAACUACUAGCGGAGGAAUCAUGGAUCAUGAGGAGGCGAGGAGAAAACAUCUGGGAGGAAAAAUACUGGGAUUUUUCUUUUAAUUUUGUAUUUAAUUAAAUAAAGAUGUAACAACACACAAA